AUGCAGGCGGGCCUUCGCUGCGCGCGAACAGGCUCACGGAGGAGUGGUGGGCGAUACGCCAAGCGCGGAGGCUUUCUAUCCACCGCAGCCAAGCAUGUCCAGAGCCGGAGGGAGACGAUGACGGUGACGGCCGCUGACACCGGCCCGCCCGGUUUCAAUCGAUCACCGAGGCGUGCGGUGUUCGGGAAACCGGGCGGGAUAAGUGGCAUCCAAGGAGCAUAAUACAUUUGUGGACGGGAGGUGAUGCUAGAGAUGUCUUGGUUGGAUGGGGAGGGGGCACUCGAAAGAAAUGAGACGAAGAGUGUCGCAAAUCGGUUGGCGCCGGUGGCGUCUAUCGGUUUAAGUGGUUCACGAAGCAUUGUGAAAGCUGAUUUGACCCCGCGGACACGACGAGGCGUCUUGGUUGCGGGGGCGUUCGUUUGUCAUGUCCGGACACUCCUGCCGAAGGAAACGAGGUCGUUUGAUAGACGGGCGGGAGCAUGUGUACCGUCAAAUAUGUGUGAGACAGGGUGGCCAAUGAUGUCGUUUGAUACAAGGGCGGGGACAUGUAUACCGCCAAAGGUGUGUGAGUCAAGCGAGGACGCUGCUGUGCGUGUGACUUCGCUCCAGGCUUCUGGAACUUGUGUGCCGCGGGGUAGGGCAACACAACAAGCGUCUGUUAUAUGUACGCCACGAAGAUAAAUGUGGUACAAUAGUGCGCCAUGCGGCCAUCGUCACACGUCCCGCAAUACAACGAAUGGACU